AUGAAGUGGCCAGAUGAGGCUUUAGUAAUUCAUGCAAGCAUGGAAGUUGAGGUGGAUAAACUAAGUUAUACAACCAGACUGCUGACAGAGAGUGCAUACAAUUACCAAACUAGCCUGAUAUACAAGGGGGAUGUAGGAGUAACUUCACAUACUGUCAACAAGAAACAACACGUAGAGUGGCAGGCUAGACAAGGUGCAGUGGUUCAAUCUUUCCACUUUUCUGAAAAAAUCAGUCACAACGACAAUGGGACCGAUUCGCAUUUGAUUUUCUCGUACGGAACCUUAAAGCGCGGAUUCCUCAACCACCACCUAAUCGAAUCCCUAAUGGCCAACGGCGACGUCAUUUUAAUCAGCAAAUACACAACGGUCUCCACCUUCCCCUUAGUCUGCCGGCCCUACGGUAUCCCAUACCUAAUCAACAUCCCCGGGUCGGGUCACCGGGUUUGGGGCGAGCCAAACAAGAUGAAGCCCAAUGGGCUUGGCCUGCUAGCUGAUUUGGAAGGAAUUGAGAGGCUGCCGGUGAGUGUUGUUGGUGGUGAUGAGGCGGCGGAGGCAUAUUUUGUGCAUAGGAUUUUUGGUGGAGUGAUGUGGAAGAGAUGUGGAGAGGUGGGGUUGGAGGAAUUUAGUGUUGGAUUAGGGGAGAAAAUUGUUAGGAAAGAAGAUAGGCCGAGUAAUCGUGAUUUUAUUCAAGAUAUUAGUAAUUUUUUCCACAAUGGUGAUACUUGA